CCCGGGAGCUAGCUCGGCCGGGAGUCGCGAGCCCAGCGUUCGGGCAUGCCCCGCUACGAGCUGGCUUUGAUUCUGAAAGCCAUGCAGCGGCGAAAAUCCUGCUCCAGGUGCCCUUAACCCAGUUUCAUUCAUCCAAGUUGUGGCCUUUCUUGCGCCUUCAGAAGACAUUUUCCUCCCCCCGGCUUUUGAUUGAUCUUGAGGUAGGGGAUUUCAAGUUGGAGGGAUGAUAAGCGAACCAGCAGUCCGCUCACUUCGGGUGAUGGCGCGGCCAAGAACAGGGGCCAGCGGCAAGGAGGCAGCGCUUCGUCCUCUGUUCUGGGUCAGGUACUUCUCAAGUCGUCGCCGAAAUCCCCGUUCUUCCGUGAAUUAGGGUUGGUACAGUAGGCUUCACUAGACUUAGCUGCAACUCAGAAUUUCUCCUCCAGCACCUGAGUAAAUGCUGAUGGUCUUGUGGAGAGUGGAUUAAGAGCUAAAUUCUCAAUCUCAAUUAAGAAGCGGAGGAAAAUUUAAACUGUCUCCUUCAAAGUUUAUCACAACCACCACCAUCAAGACAGCAAACCAAAGGACAAAGACUACCUGCUGUGUUGCUCUGUGUAGUCCAGUUCACGUAUGGUUUACAGACUUGGCUGGGGUUAUUAUAAGUAAAUAAAAAGUCGGAGACUUCUGUCAUUGGACGCUUUUAUUCACAAGUUACCAGAAUGAGGGCUGUACUGGAGACAGCAGACAUAGCCAUAGUGGCCCUAUAUUUUAUCCUGGUCAUGUGCAUUGGUUUUUUUGCCAUGUGGAAAUCUAACAGAAGCACCGUGAGUGGAUACUUCCUGGCGGGGCGCUCUAUGACCUGGGUAGCAAUUGGUGCCUCUCUGUUUGUGAGCAAUAUUGGGAGUGAGCACUUCAUUGGGCUGGCAGGAUCUGGAUCUGCAAGUGGAUUUGCAGUAGGCGCAUGGGAAUUCAAUGCCUUACUGCUUUUGCAACUUCUGGGAUGGGUUUUCAUCCCAAUUUACAUCCGGUCAGGGGUAUACACCAUGCCUGAAUACUUGUCCAAGCGAUUUGGUGGCCAUAGGAUUCAGGUGUAUUUUGCAGCCUUGUCUCUGAUUCUCUAUAUCUUCACCAAGCUCUCAGUGGAUCUGUAUUCGGGUGCCCUCUUUAUCCAGGAGUCUUUGGGUUGGAACCUUUAUGUGUCUGUCAUCCUGCUCAUUGGCAUGACUGCUUUGCUGACUGUCACCGGAGGCCUUGUUGCAGUGAUCUACACAGACACUCUACAGGCUCUGCUCAUGAUCGUUGGGGCACUCACGCUUAUGAUUAUUAGUAUAAUGGAGAUUGGCGGGUUUGAGGAAGUUAAGAGAAGGUACAUGUUGGCCUCACCCAAUGUCACUUCCAUCUUGUUGACAUACAACCUUUCCAACACAAAUUCUUGUAAUGUACACCCUAAGAAAGAAGCCCUGAAAAUGUUGCGGAAUCCAACAGAUGAAGAUGUUCCUUGGCCUGGAUUCAUUCUUGGGCAGACCCCAGCCUCAGUUUGGUACUGGUGUGCUGACCAAGUCAUCGUGCAGAGGGUCCUAGCAGCUAAAAACAUUGCUCAUGCCAAAGGCUCUACUCUUAUGGCUGGCUUCUUGAAGCUUCUGCCAAUGUUUAUCAUAGUUGUCCCAGGAAUGAUUUCCAGGAUACUGUUUGCUGAUGACAUAGCUUGCAUCAACCCAGAGCACUGCAUGCAAGUGUGUGGAAGCAGAGCUGGGUGCUCCAAUAUUGCUUACCCACGCCUGGUCAUGAAGCUGGUUCCUGUUGGCCUUCGGGGCUUAAUGAUGGCAGUGAUGAUUGCAGCUCUCAUGAGUGACUUGGACUCUAUCUUUAACAGUGCCAGUACCAUAUUCACCCUUGAUGUGUACAAACUCAUCCGCAAGAAUGCAAGCUCCCGGGAACUAAUGAUUGUGGGGAGGAUAUUUGUGGCUUUUAUGGUUGUGAUCAGCAUAGCAUGGGUGCCAAUCAUCGUGGAGAUGCAAGGAGGCCAGAUGUACCUUUACAUUCAGGAGGUAGCAGAUUACCUGACGCCCCCAGUGGCAGCUCUGUUCCUUCUGGCAAUUUUCUGGAAGCGCUGCAAUGAACAAGGGGCUUUCUAUGGUGGAAUGGCUGGCUUUGUUCUUGGAGCAGUCCGUUUGAUACUGGCCUUUGCCUACCGUGCCCCAGAGUGUGACCAACCUGAUAACAGGCCAGGCUUCAUCAAAGAUAUUCAUUAUAUGUAUGUGGCCACGGCAUUGUUUUGGGUCACAGGACUCAUUACUAUAAUUGUUAGCCUUCUCACGCCACCUCCUGCAAAGGAACAGAUUCGUACCACUACCUUUUGGUCUAAAAAGAGCCUGGUGGUGAAGGAGAGCUGCUCCCCGAAAGAUGAGCCAUACAAAAUGCAAGAAAAGAGCAUUCUGAGAUGCAAUGAGAAUAGUGAGGCUAUCAACCACAUCAUUCCCAAUGGGAAAUCUGAAGAUAGUAUUAAGGGUCUUCAGCCUGAAGAUGUUAAUCUGUUGGUGACCUGCAGAGAGGAGGGCAACCCAGUGGCUUCCUUAGGUCAUUCAGAGGCAGAAACACCGGUAGACGCUUAUUCCAAUGGGCAAGCAGCUCUCAUGGGUGAGAAAGAGAGAAAAAAAGAAACAGAGGAUGGAGGCCAGUACUGGAAGUUCAUAGAUUGGUUUUGUGGCUUUAAAAGUAAGAGCCUCAGCAAGAGAAGUCUCAGAGACCUGGUGGAGGAGGAGGCUGUUUGUUUACAAAUGUUGGAAGAGACUCCACAAGUUAAACUAAUACUAAAUAUUGGACUUUUUGCUGUGUGUUCACUUGGAAUUUUCAUGUUUGUUUAUUUCUCUUUAUGAACUUAAGAGUAUGGUGAGAUACUAACUUAAAAUACUGGUCUUUGGAAAAAAUUAUGUAACUGUUGCAUCUCUCAGGCAUUGUUUACUUUGUAGGUUUUAGCCAAAUUUUACUUAGCAGAAAAUCAUCUAUUUGCAAGACUUAUUUUCCCAGAGAUGGAUGAAAGUAAAUCUUCAAAUUAAAUGAAACAGAACUUGUUUAACAGACUGAAAUGUGCAAAUGAGGUUUGAAAUUUUCCAUACCAAAGUAAGGAGAGACCAGUUAUUAUCAUAGAGCAGUUAGAGCAGAAUAUAUGUUAAGAUCUCAUGAGUAAGAUAUACUGUGUGUACUGCCAAGUCUUGUUGGGUCUUUUUAUCUGAAUGAAGUAGAAGAUUUGCUCAUUUCUAAGUUUUUCCUCUGUCUAUGUAAUUUCUACCACAGUUAAAAAAAAACCACAACUGAAUUCUUAGACAUCGUACAAUCAAUAAUGAAAAUCUAACUAAUGUGCUUGUAUGGUACUUGUUUCAGGACAAGUUGGUUAGUUUGCCAGAUGCAUUUUGUAAACAUGAGCCUAUGGAUUCUGGUUGCCAAAAGAAAGGAAGAAUGUUCUUCUGUAGGUAUUUUUGUACCACCAGUAUAUGAAAUGUUAAGGAAAGACUAUGUUCUAGUUCCUUUUUUUUCCUACUUUGACUGAAGUUGAAGUGAACUAUAUUCUAAUAACCACCAAGUCUUGUGUAUAAAGUUUCAUGUCAUGAUUGUAUUGUUAAGUGAUUAUGGGGGAGAAAAUGAAGUAAACAUUACUGAUGAUCCCCACAUUUAUUGACCAAAUUAAGGUUGUCCAUAUAGUUUGGGAAUUACCAGCCCCCAAACAGUGUUUGAUUAACUAAACAUAUUAUUACUCAUCCUCCACUAAUUUUUUAGCUUUAUUCUUGUCAUUUGGCAGCAUUUUCUAUUAGCCAAAAGCCUUCCCAAGUGGAUCCAGUUGGAAGAUAUGUCCAGAAACUUGAAGAAAAAUUGACACUGCCUUUGUAUGCUGGGUUGCCCUACUUGAUUACAUCAUGAUAUAUUAAGGUUGAAUUUUUAGAGGGAAAAUUUAAUUCUGAAGUCAUAUUGCAUCCUUGAUAAGUUUUUUUUUUUCUGAAAAGACUUGCCGUCUGUACACAGCCUCUAUGUUUUUGUUGUUAUAAUUACUUAGAACAUGAGGAUGUUUCAACACAAAUUGGCCGUCAGUAACAGAAAACUCAGAGUACAUGCUUUGCCAUUGGUAGAUUGUCAGUAUAGUCUUUCUAUAGGAGGGUUAGCAUGUUCAAAAGGUGCCAUGAACAGGAACUUCUGGGUUUAGCAGUGUGUCUUGUGGAAGAUAUUACAGGACUUGUGUAAUUUUAGGACCCUCUAUCUUGACAUGGCUUCAUACUUAGUUGCAUCAUCCAUGGGUGAGAAUCUGUUUUUCACAGGCUAUUUCCCCUUAGAAAAGGUACAAAAGAUGUUAGAAAAGCUCUACAGGUUGUGUAUUACUUUGUGUGUACUCCACACUGCCCUUUGUCCUCCGUAAGAGAUGAAGGAAGCUACUUGUGUGACUGUUUUCUUUGACUUUCUUUAAUCUCUGAUACUUUUUAAAUUGCAUGAUUUUUUUAAGCUUGUAUUCUUUAGGGGAAAUUAAUUUUAUAGAUGAUUUUGUAGAUUUUGAAUCAAAACUCAGUCCUAAUGUCUUAAAAUUUUUUGGAGUCUAUAAACUAGUUUCAUUAUGAUGAACUUGAUUAGUCCGAAGUUGAUUUUAGAAAUUAUCAGGUAGCAUGUCUUCCUAUCUUCAGGAGGCUUCCUGAUAGACUGAAUCUGUAGAUGAAAAAAUAACUCAUUAUGGAUAGCAUGUAUUUCUGAAGAGCUUAGAGUGCCAUGCAGAAUUCUUUUCUCAAUUUCAUUCUUGAGGUUUAUAACCUGGCAUCAAAUAGAUAGGGACCAUCCUUUUCUUGUAUGGAGGUUGAGACUGUAACAUGUCCAAGGUUACCAAGUCUGUUUGGGAAGAACAAAAACUAGGUCCCCAAAUCUGAACUCAUGGUUUGUUCAGGUGUAUUUGGACAGAUGGUUUGUCGUAUUUUCUCAAAGGAACUAUUCUUUCGAGACAACCUUUUGGAGUUUGGAAAACUAAUAGGAUGUUGGGUUAUCCAAAUUGGCAUGAAAUUGUAUGAUUUGAAAUUUUCUUCGACUCUGUAAACACAUUGCUGUGUAACUCAGUGGCGAGAAUUGACAUAUUGGCUGGGCAGCCUUCCUAUCCCUUCUAUUUACAGUAUAAAAGAAUAGGAAGUAUUUAUGUAGAUUUUUCCCCCCUUUAUUUAAUGUCGAGUUCUAAUAGUUUGGAGUAUUAGGGUCCCCCUACCUUCUCUCUGCUGUUGUCUUAGCAAGAUAGAUAAAAUACAUCAUCUUGUAUCUGUGUGUAUAUAGCAAUAGGUCAAGUUUAGAGUACUAAUGUCUGUAAAUAAGGAAUGAUUAUUAGCAUAUCCAUUAGAAUUGUUUAUUCUUGUAAGUAUAAACAUCAGUUUAUUUAGGCUGAAGUCCCUGAAGCUUGUCCUUCUCGUUGCUUCCCAGUAAUAGAUAAUGUGCUUGAAUAAGUGUGUGAAUUGCUGAUUGUAACUUCAUUUCCGGGGACUAAUCUUCAGUCUAUAUUUUGUUAGAAUGAUUGUUCCUGGAAUGCCACAUAGACUGUCUUAAGCUAGUGAAGUCUUCACACUUUACACUGACUACAUGGGUCCUAAAUGAUGAUAUUGAUCUCCAGACAUGAACAUGUAUAUAUUUUUAUAUUAGUACAAGCUAAGGUUCACAGUUGACUAAAAUAGUAUCUAUAAGUAAAAAUGAGGUGAGGACACUGGUCUUCAGAAGUAGAGAAAAAUAUCGUCUUAUCAGCUGUUAAUGGGAUCCCCAGUUCUUAGAUUUUUGUCUUCUCUGGCAGUCUUAGUCUCAAGAUCUGAUGAGAAGGGCUUAUUGCACUGGUAUGCAGAAUGGUUAUUGGCUCUUUCAAGGGACCUCUGAUUUCCUUGUUCAUCUCUGAGUACUCUGUCCUGCCAUCCCAAGAGAGUAUAUAGCUGAGCCAAUCUCUUCUUGCCUAGCUAUUCUUUCCUGGGGAGGUUGACACUUUUGUCAAGCAAUAGCAGUGGUGCUGUGUCCUUUGGCCUAAAUUUGAUAGAUCUGAUCUCCCAGGGCUUCCUUUUCACUGGGCUCAAAGGAUCCAUUGUUUUUUCUGCACAACAAGGCUGGCUAGGAUAUUGUAGCCAUAGCUCUUAGGGAUGGUACUUUAAGAAAUUAGCAGGGACCCAUCACUCUGUAAAACCUCACAUUUUACGAAUUGGAUGGAAAGGUUUUUAUUCACUUCUUUAACCUAAGGCUAAGCUUAAUUCUCAUAAAUCUUGUCCAGGGCAGAGUCUUUGUUUCUACAUUCAUAGUCCAUGGUAUUUUUCUCUAUACUGGGUGCGUGGAUCUUCCUCUUUCUCUUUGAAUAUCAUUUAGUGUAGCACCUAUGGGUUAUUCUCAUUCUUUACCACUAAAUAAACCAGUUAUAUUAUUAGCUCUCAAAGGGUUAGAUCCUUCAGUGUUACUCCUUGGUAGUAUUAGGCCCACUCGAUUCCCUUAUACUUUACUUCCAUCUCAUUUUCAUCUGAGGUAUGGUGACUGGAAAAGGGACCGUAUGGGUAUCUAGUACUGACACUUUGCCAUGGUCUAGGUUUGGGAUGAGAUAAGAUGUAUAUAAGACCAUUCCUGUUAAAUUAUGUGACUACAGAGACUUGCCGGGACAGAAUUUUCUGGAGAAAUAAGAUAAACUAUGAUGCCGAUAAGUACCUGGGUGAUACAUUAACAAACUGGUAAAGGACAGACAUUAGCUUCAAAUCUGUAGAUGUAGAAUCUUAUUCAUUGGAGUCUAGAACUUGAAGCAUCUUGGCUAUCAGCUAGUUUAAACCCCUCCUCAUAUAAAUUAGGGUACUAAUGAAUAAGAUUCAGCCUGUUAAACCCUGGUUUGAUGUUAAGUAUGGUAAAGUAUGAGUUUAUUAAUGCAUUAGAGAUUAAAAUGACAUACUUCAUAUAGUGAUCAUCUUGUAGGGAAAAAAAAAAAAACCCAAACACUUUUAGGCUUCACGACCCAUAAUAUUCUCAUUAGCCAGAUGCUGAGUUGCUUAAGUCAUUUCAGUGUUGAUAUUAGCCCAAGCAGACUUUACAAACGGGAUGUAUUGUAUGUGUGUAUACCCACCUGCUAUUCAGAGACUGGUCUUUCUCCUUGUCAUCCCUUACAUUGCUUCUUCAGUUCUUCACCCAUUCUUUCUUUCAACAGUUACCUAGUUCUUAUUUUGAUCUCUUGUCAGCUUAGUUCACUUUUAGUUAUAUUGUCAUGGUGUGCAAAAGUGCUGCUUUGCACCACUAUUAAGGAUUAGAUCCAGAUAAUGAUUCAUUAAAUAUAGUUAUGUUUAAAUACACUCAAUUUCUAUUUGCUUAAAAUGUUAAUACUCAAGAAUAAUUUUUCUCAGACUUUGUUGACUAAUAAAGUGCUAAAAAAUUCAUCAGUAUUUUAUUGUUAAAAAUACUUCCUCAAAAAUUAGGGAGGAGAGCAACUGAAAAUUCAUGAGUCCCUUUGAAAUGAUGGUGUCAGAAUGCAGAGAGGCAACAGUUUGUUUUGCUGCCAAAAAGACUUGUUCUUGCAGUAAUUAAAAUUAAAAAUUUGAAACUAGUUGGCAUAUAGAGAAACCAUUUUGUACAAGUAGGCAUGAGACUGGAUUGCAUAAGAAGUAAUCUUUUGAUUACUAGACUUGGUUAGACUUGAUAAACUUAAAUCAAGGUUACAAAUUCCUUUUCUUCCAUUAAGUUCACUUCUCUUUAUUUGGUAUGUUUUUGUCAAACUCUUCCCUCUGUUGGAAUACUGUAGCUCUUUGGCUACUUUGACUCCUAGAGGAGAAUUUAGCUAAGGUUUAAAAUAAUUAAUGGACUUUGCCGGUGUCGAGUCCCACACCAUUAUUCACCUAGUCAUAUAAAUGUUUUUAUUUAAACCCCCCUCUCUCUCUAAUGCUGGCAAUAAGGAUUUAAACUUACUGAUUCACCUUCAAAGGAAUGUUGUGAGAAUUGAUGUAAUUGUUUCUCUUUCCAUCACAACUCCUCCAUAAAAGGUGUGAUUUAGUUUUUGUUUUGGGGUAAGUACCCCAUUUAUCUGGUAACCAACAACUUUAACCAUUGUCAUAUAGUCUUUUACUCAGAAAUAAAAAAGGUUUGUAUCUGUAUCAUUACUACUCUCAUGCAGCUUACUUGCCAGGGAGUACUAUACAUAAUCUGAGACUAUUGACUUCAAUCAAUAACCUUUCAUUAUGUAAUGACUCUUAAAUUUGAUUACCAAAUUCACAGCAUGUUUGAAGAGAGGGAUGCUAAAGUAAGCAACUGAAGAGCAAGUUGAGAUAAAGCACAGUGGUCUCACAUCCUUCUUCUUGGUGUAGGAGCAGUGGUUUUGCUCUCUAUAGAAAGCAGAAAAGCACUAUACCAUAAUGGUUGCCUGUGAUAAUGAAGCUCCCUUCUCCCCACUUUAAGACAGUUUACAUUCAGUUAAUGCUGUCAAUAAAGGAAAUGUAUAUUUCAGUAAUUUCAACAACAGCACUAGUUGUCAGCAGAUAGCCACAAUUGAGUUGGAGACUUAACAUUUAUCUUGGUAAAGUCACUGUGUUGCCUAGUGCUGCUGGGUAAAAGGAGUGUUUACUUUUUUUUUUAAAUUGCUUUUGGACAAACUAGAUAAUUUUUCAAUUUAUAAGUGUAGCCUAGACUUCUGUAAGAGGAAUGUUCAUUAGUAAUUCACUUUUUUGUUGUAAUAAUUAGAGAUUAAAAUUAGGUUUAUCUCUUAUUGAAGCCCCAAAUUGGCAAAGUCCAGUAUAUAUGGUAUUCCAUAAUAUAGCCAGCUUUUGAAAUUUGUGUUUGGAUUAGUGCCUUCUGGUUGCCAGUAUUGACUCAGCUAGUUUGGACCUUUCCCUUUCUUAAUAGUAGAUUCUUAUUUGUUAUUAUUUCUUUUCUUAAAUUUUGUUACAACUAGUGAAGGAAGUAAAACAAAAACAAAAACAAAAAAACACAUUUACAUACUUUAUAUGCAGCCUUUAUUUAGGUCCAGGGAAACCAGGUAACUCUGUAUUUGUGUUGCAGCUUAAAUGUUAUUUAUUUGUCUGUCUUUGUUUCUUUUAGACCCAUAAUUAAAAAUGUAAAGUUACUUAUAUUCCGUGAGUGUAUUUUAAUUUUAUCAUUUUUCCCAUUUUAGAUUUGAUAGGUAUAUCUGAGAACAGAUAUGUGACAACAGUUAAUAUUCCAUCAUAGAGAAAAAACUAAAGGUCCAUAGAAAGCACAAAAUCGUGUUCACACGUAUGUCUCCACACGUAGAAAGCACAAGGCCAGUAGUAUUCUCACUAUCCCACAAGUGCUAGUCAUAAAGCCCGCCAGGUGUUUCUCUCAGAGGUGUGAUGACAACCACGGUAUUGAAAGCCCUAAACAAUAUGGUUUCUAGGUUAUGGGUCCUAAAUGGUAAGGGAUUCAAAGCAAAAAUGUGAGUAAGUUUGUACCACUUUGGAGGGAGAGAGUACAGAUGUCAGGAAUGCUGCAGUUAUAUUGGGUUACUAGCUAAAAUGGGCUCUUUCCCACAAUGUGGAACUAAAGAAAUAGGGAUAGAUUUCUAGGUUUUUGGUGGGUGGAACAGGUGACAAAACUGCUGUAAGCUGUAGAGCCAUUGGAGUUGAUUUUUAAAAAAAUCUUUAGGAAAUAUUAUCUCUCAUCAACAAUGCUCCCCCAAAACAUGGAGGAAUUCACAUUUUAACAGGGCAGAUAUUACUUGUUUUUAGUUUUUGUGUAGUUUUGUAUGUGAGAGGUGAAAUUACCUUUAUUGUCUUUGUUUGCUUAACUGUAUUUCAUUUUAAUAGAGAAUUUGAUUCACGUGUUCUGAACAUCAAACUAUCUGAGACAGAUUUGUGAAAUGAGCUACUUUGCUUUUCACAAUAGCACUGAGUCUAAAGGAUUCUUUUACCUGUCCCAUUACCUUCUUCAAGACUAGUAGAUUAGAUGAAAUCUGCAAAUGUGCAUGUAAAAGAAGAAAAUGUUUUCUUCCACUCAGCAUUGCCUUUAUCCUACCCCUCACUUUCCUAAACUCUGAAUAGUCCAUGUUUAUCAAAAAUGAAUAAAUGUCUUUGUCUUGAAUUUUGCCCAUAUGUCAAAUUUGCCCAUUUUUUGAAUCAUAUGUCAAAAGAUAAAACUCAGAUGGGAGAAGAGUGACUACUUCUUUGUUCCUACUCUCCUCUAUUUUGUAUACUU